AUGACAAUGGGAGUUGGAGUUUCCCAAAUGGGCUUUCACUUACAGUAUUCAGUGCAUCUUGCCUCCGAUCUUUCCAUCAGAUGUUCCCCUGGUCGGCGGUCCUUAAUUUUGACUCCAAGGUCCCCGGGCAGCGCACGUCGGAGGAACUGGUGACUAACACACUGAUGCUGGAGCUGGGCGCCAUGGUGAAGCGGACGGAGCGCAUCCAGCUGGAGCGUGCUCAGAUGAGGCGACGCAGGAGCUCCAACUCCUCGGUCGACUACAGCUGGCUGGCCACGCAAGCCAGCAAGGUGCCCUUCGAGCUGACGUCUAAGGACGUACUAGAGCUGCAAGACCUGUGUGCCAAGAUACCACCAUCUGUGUGUGGACCCGCCAUCGUGAGGUUCCGCAAGCUGAUCACACAGAUGGAACCGGACGUGGCGGAGGUUCCGCGCCUGUUCCGCACGGUUCUGCAGAACACCCUGGAGGAGAUGGAGAGCGACGCCGAGCUCCAGGAGCGGGUCAGCCGCUGGGACAAACAGCAGCGUGCCAAGAGCCUCUCUUUCGUCAACUUCCGCUCGCGGUUCCGCUCGGCGCGCGGCAGCGUGGGCGGGUUCAUCAGCGGGUCGCGGGGGAACCUGCAGGAGCAGGGCUGGCUGGACGAGGAGGAGGGAGGAGGAGGCGAGGAGGAGGAGGAGGACGACGAGGUGCUGACCGACAAGAUGGCGGCGCAGAGAGGAGCGAGGAGGGCGCGCAGUAGGAGCAUGCCCAAUAUCAUACCCAUGGAGAGCAGGGAGCAGAGCUGA